UAGCAUGUACGUUAUACAGGCUGAAAAUGACGAUAGAGAUGUUGGAGGGCCAGUAUUUACUUAUCAUAUGGAUAUAAUUAGCGGUGAUUUACGGACUUCUAGAGCGGAUUUAAAAGGUAUAAUCACAGGAGGUGUAGGGAAUUUUGCUUUUGCUACAAGAUUAGAAAGAAUUUGUGCAGAGGCAAAUGUAGACAUUGUUACUUCUCAAGGUAUACGUUAA